CCCAGACCGCAGUCAUUUCCGACGCAUGCCACGCACAAACAAAAUAAAUAAACAAUGAACGCCGUAACCGCCGCCACCUGCCUGCUCGCCGCCGGUUUCAGCUGCUACUUCUACGGCAGCGAUGUGUUGUCAUCGCUCCUCCGUGUCUCUCUUGCAGACCCCUCCAUGCCCGAGCCGGGAGCGACUCCGCGGCGGAGCCCGCAGGGAGUCCCCUACACCGACCUCCAGCACAUCGUCAACGCCGACGGACUGCACCUGUUCUGCCGUUACUGGGAGCCCGCCGGCCCGCCAAGGGCUCUGGUGUUUAUUGCCCACGGGGCCGGGGAGCAUUGUGGGCCAUAUGACGAGAUUGCACAGAGACUGAAGGAACUGUCCCUGCUGGUAUUUGCACACGACCACGUUGGCCAUGGUCAGAGUGAAGGAGACAGGAUGAACAUCAAAGACUUCCAGGUUUACAUCAGAGACUCCCUGCAGCACGUUGACCUGAUGAAGUCGCGCCACCCAGACCUGCCCGUCUUCAUCGUGGGUCACUCCAUGGGUGGUGCUAUCUCCAUCCUGACGGCCUGCGAGAGGCCCAGUGAUUUUGCUGGAGUGGUUCUGAUAGCUCCGAUGGUCCAGAUGAACCCGGACUCGGCCACACCGUUCAAGGUUUUUCUGGCGAAGGUUCUGAACCACAUGGUGCCCAGCCUCACUCUGGGCUCCAUCGAUUCCAAAUGGAUCUCACGGGACAAGAAGCAGGUGGAGGCGUAUGACGCUGAUGAGCUGAACUUCCACGGUGGCAUGCGGGUGUCGUUCGGCAUGCAGCUGAUGGGGGCGGCGGCGCGCAUCGAGAGGGAGAUCCCAUCCAUCAGCUGGCCCUUCCUGCUCCUGCACGGCGACAACGACAAGCUCUGCGACAUCAGAGGCUCCAAGAUGAUGUACGAGAACGCUCCAAACUCAGACAAGAAAAUCAAGGUCUACGAGGGAGGCUACCACGCCCUUCACCAUGACCUCCCAGAGGUGGCCGAGUCGGUGCUGAAGGAGGUGACCAGCUGGAUCACAGAGCGCCUCCCCGCUACGACAUCACCAUAAACGCACCGCUCCUAGAAAAGUGACUUUGACAACCCAUUCAGCGCUCCAAGGCAACUGCCAACCUAGUCCCAAGAGGCCUGCUUAUUUUCCAGUAGUCCGUCGGGCAUAACACUACUACUACUACUACACUCUCCGGUCUGGGAAAUACAUUUUCUCGGUGUAAAAAGUUUACUGACGUUAUCCUCCAGGCACAUGCUGUACGAAAAAGAAAAUUUCCACAUCCUCUGUGCAUCUAUCAGUCAGCCCAAGUUACACUGAUUUAAAUUGGAUGAUGGGGUCAGAAACUACUUCUUAUUGGAGAAACUCAGCAGCAGUGAGUGCAUUAGACCUCACUGAGGUGCAGCUCAAGUUAAGUAAAGUUUAAGCUUUAGUAUCCUGGGGUUUGAAGUGCAAUAAUUAAGUUUCCUCCUCCUCAUUUAUACACACAAGCCAGAUGUUUUUAAGAAGUAAUGACACGUGUAAUAUAAUAUGAAUCCACACAGGCACAUUUGCUCAUCCACCCUCAAAAGACACGGCAGAGGUCAGGAUCAGCUGGAGCACAGCACAUCUGGAGCUGCUGUGGUUUCAGUGCAGGGUGAAUACUCAAUAGCUAGGUCCUCACACUGCUUCACUAUCUUCACGGUGUCAGCAGUUAUGUAACACCAGUGGACACAGUACAGGUUUUCUGUAAGACAGUUUUGUUAGUGCUUGCUUAGAAGCAGUCUUCCGAUUUGGUGGUUUUAAAAAUGACCUAAAAUACCAUUGUUGACACUUCUAGAAUCACUCAGAAACUUAAACUUAAACUUUUCUUUGGCCCAAAGACAGAUGCUUGGCACUGAUACAUUACAUAUGAAGAUUGGUGUCAUCCAUCCAUUUAAAUCUAUUCCUAAUAUAUUCAUUUGGCAUGUUGUUUUAAGUGAAUUGUAAAAUGGAUCCUGGUAAAAUAUUUCAAGUCUUGUAUAUUUUGACCUCCUAUAAAGUGAGGAUUUCCAGCCAAAUGAUUAUUUCCCCCACCACCUCCAUUGAUUGAUCAAGUUACCAAUGUGACAAAUUCACUGUCCAUUUAAAGUACUAUACUUCUUUCUGUGAGCCAGUUAAGAGUGUAGGGACAUGAAGAGGAGGCAGAUUAACCAGGUGAAGUUGCUCUCUCUCUCUGCAGGUGGGAAAUAGAGGAAAAGAGCAAAGUUCAAAAGGUCCCCCCAUGUGACCUUUGACCUUUAAGGUCACAGUUGAUUUCAGGUCAUUCUCUGCAGUUAGAAAUUCAUUAAGCUCAGAAUGCAGACGAGGGCCCAGCUGGAAAACGAAAGGGACCCAUCACUUGGUUACUGUUAACAAAAGACUAGAUUUCCUCUUUUCACUCAGCAUCUGUCAUUUGGUGGGUACUUUUAUCGAAAUCACCUUUAAGUGAUAUGAAUGUAUGCAUUUCUUGCGUGGGUGGCCACAGUGGGAAUCCAAUCCUCUCAGGACAGUGCUGCAGUCAUACUUCUAUGGAAAAGCAGGAUAAUCUCUAGAAUACAUUCCAGACAAUGUGAGAAGGAAAGUGAUAUCACUGAGAAUAAAAUUUCUGGCUUCAAAAACACAAUUGAAGAUUGUACCUAAACCCCAACAAAUCUAGUAUAUAGUCCUUGGAAAUUAUAGAGAAAUUAGCUUUCUACAAUGAAAAACUCUCUUUGUAGAAUUUAAGACUUUGAAGCAGCUUUUAUAUGCUCAUGUCGGAAAAAGAACUUAUAGCAAAUGCAGUUGUUUUUUUAAACAAAUAACUAAAAUUCAAAUAAUCCAAGUGUGGUUUAGGUUUUUUAAUCCUCUAAAUCCCAUUUACAGUACAGUACAAGGGGUAAAGCAGUCAAGCUAACAUUUCCCCUUUCCUUUUCUAUGUUCCCAAAGUAUAAACCUGUUACUUCUUAAAGUGUUUGCAGCAGUGUGCAGUACUUCAAGUCAGCCCUGGCUUCAAAUAGGUUUUCAAAGAAACCAUAGCAAUAAUGUCACAAUAGCCUAUAUUUUUGAAAGCCGUUAAUUAUAAGCUAUACAGACCAUUUUAUAUUGUCAGGUAGACUGUAAUUAGCAGGUAUUGCAACGCCCGCUAAGCUUUUCCCACCUAUUCAGCAAGCAUGACAAAGUUUCAGCAGAGUCAAGAGUUUGGUAACACUUUACUUGACGGUAUCAACAUAAUCGAGACACGUCAUAACUAUGACAUGACACUGUCAUGAACGUGUCAUGAACGUGUCAUAAACGUUAUAAACAAGUCAUAAACGUUUAUGAUUACCUACGAUACCCUCAAGUCAAGUGUUACCAAGAGUUUUAAAGUUGCACGUGAUCAUCCAUCCGCAACAUCAACCAUUGAAAGGGAGCAAACAUUUUGUUUGUUGACUUCAGACCUCAUGCAUGUUCUGUAGAUAAUACAGCUUUUGCAGUUCAUAGAAGGAGACACAUCUGUGUCCCUCUGGCUUUUUAGGAGUUUUCUUUAUCACCCAUUGUUCAAAGAGACUCAUGCAGAGAGUGUAGAGGAAGCACAGUGUUGUGUCCACGGUGACCGUUACUCAAGUGUAACCGUGGCAGCAGGCCGGCGGCAAGGUAGAUUUUUUUGAAAUUCCAUUUUACAUGUGUAGUUACCACGGUGAUCACUACAAGAAUAAUGGAAUGAGAUGAGUUUCUGGCGUCAUGCCUGCUCUGUCUCUUUUUCUUUCUAACUUUCCAUUUUCUCCCUCUGUCUCUCCCUGUCACACCUAAUAGAUAUAUAGUCACACCCCACCGUGUCACAACCACUUUUUUUUCUUCUUGUUGUUGCUGUGGUGACCAGCACUCUUUGUUCUGUCCAUCACCGAGCCCCUUGUUCUACUGCUGAUUAUUACAUCUCGUAAUGUCAGCCACCCACACUGUUCCUAGUGGGCAGUUGUCAGAACUGCAACAGGUUGCGUGACAUUUGUCUUUUUUUUUUUUUUUUUUUUACAGCUGGCUUUAAACCCAUCAAAUUACUUCAGGGACGCAUCAACUUAACAUUUCUAAGUCUGUAUGCGAGAGUGUGACCUAUUUGUUGCCCGCUAACAUGCCCUGCAGACACUUUCCAGCUCUGUGUUUUGCUAUUUUUCAUCUUUAUUUUCUCUGAUGUUUGCAAACCGUUCUCUGAUCUUGGUAUUGAAACAACGGAGUUGCAUUGGAAAAUGAGAGAUUAAUGAAUUGAAAUCAGCGGGAAAAAGAAGGCAAGGCGAGCUUAUAUUGCAUAUUUCUUUUUUAUGCAAAUCAAAGUGCUUAGCAGAAUGGGUAAAAUGCAUUAAAUACAAAAUAAAUCAUAAGAUGCUAAAAAAAAAGAAAAAAGGGAUAGAAAAAAGUAAAUUAACAGAAGUGAGUUGAGGAUGCAAGUGCAUCCUCUUCUCCGUUUUCUCAGGCAUCAGAAGACAUUUUGCCAGACCGAAUAUCAUGUUGCACUGCCAUGGGUGCAGACAUUCAAUGAGAUGUAAUGUAUUCAUUGGUCCCAGUGGGAGUCAGCCCCUUAACUUCAACCCCAUAUCAGAAGCACUUCAAACACAAUCUCCUCCUGAUUGAGCUGCAGCAGGCCCAGCACACACAACAGCUGCACAGCCCCAGUUGUAUUCAGACUGGUAAUAGCUCCCCUGCUGCACAAUGGAUUCAGACUUGCAGGAUCCUAUGUAACAGCACAUUUAAAAAGCUCUACCUGUCAGACUACACAAGUGCAUAUACUGAGAUGGAGAUGGAGUGAGAGGAGAAGAGAGAGAAAAAGAGAGAAGAGAAGCGGUCAGUAACCAUGGCAGCACGUUUUUUUUUUUUUUUUCUUUUUCUCACCGAAAUCACCCAGUAACAAAUGUGUAUUUUUUAAUGGUGCAGGAUGUAAAGCAGACGUUGAUGAGCUUUCAGACCUGGUUGUCCAUUAUGCUGCUCUCACGAUUCCCUUUUGUGUAAGCAUCGAGAUAUGAGAGCAAACAAGUACCGUCAGCAGCUCACAGUGAAUAAUAAGAGCUGCACACGCUCACUGAAUUCAAAUCAGGCUGGUCUGCUGUUUGUACUUAAAACACACUAUAUCCAUUUUUUGCAAAGAAUUAAUUAUUUGGAAUUUUAAGGCCAAAAUAUGUUUUUUAUUUUUUUAUUUUUGCCCCAUCUAUCACUUGUCUUGAUUCAAAAGUGAUGGAUGAAAGUCUAUAAGUGAAUUUAAGGAGGAAUCCUUUCCCCUAGAUUUCAUUUUUAUUCAUCUGUCCUAAAGGUGUGUAACCCCUGACCCUUUGUACUUCUAGCCUCCCCUGUGCAUGCCGAUAUUGUUUUCUACUGGCAUCUAUACUUAUACAAGCAUGAUGCAGGUUUGCCAUACUGUGAGAUAGCCAUGUACAGACACAUUGCUCUGUUGAUAUGUUAUAAUCCACAAGACUGUUAAUAUCUUUUCUAUUCAGGACAGAUGUUCUAUGUUAUGUAAGGGAUAGAAAAUAACAAAGGCAGGGAAACCGCUGAGUCUGAUUGGUCUACAGCUUUUCUGACAAAGCGAAAUUCAAUUGGCCGGCCAGUUUGUGAAUGGGGCUGUUGUUUUUUUUGUCUCGACUUUAUGACUGUCUUAGAAAAGAGCUGUUAUAUAUGGUGGAGGACUAAGGGGCACAGGCCAGUCUUUCUGUCAUAUGAGAUUAAAGUGCACUGGAAAGAUUCAGUGCACAGUUUGUGUGAAUGAAGUCGAGCAUCAGGGCUCAAGUAGACAGCAAGAAUUGAAGAGGUCUUCUCCAAAAUGCUUUAAAUGCAUAAAAAAAAUAGGUUCUAUCUUAAGUUCAUCAUCACCAUGUCUGUAAAAUACAGAUCCAGGUUGUCAUAAUUUCCUUCCCUGGGACUUAAGUUAUAUACAGUAAAAAUGUGACAUUGAAAAUGCAGAUAUCGUUUUCAAAUGAUUGACAUUGCAUUUUGGAACAAAACCCUAAUUCAAGUCUUGCUUGUUUUAUCAACAAUGUUGAUUAAUUUGAUGUAUUUGUAGUGGCCAGACUGCUCGAUUACUGAACAUAAUUGUAAUACACUGUAUAGUAGCAUAGGAUUGUUAACAACGCUUGAUGAAAAUACGAAAAUGUAUUUUACAAAUCUUUUAAUUAUCUUGCCGAAUGUAUUUAUAGGAAUUAAUUUUAUGUAUAGGCUACCAUAUAUUGAUUACAUGUCAUGACAAGGCACUUUUUAUACCAUAAACCGGUCAUAUUAUGUACUUUUUACUGUUGAUGCUCAACUACAUGAAGCUCCAUAAUACUUUUUGAGAUGGAAACUGUUUCUGAUAUGAUUUUGCAUAUAGAGUAUUUUACUACUGUGUGUUGAAGUCAGCAUUGUGUUGAAAAACAAACUAAAGUCGUUGUGCAGUUUGUCACAGAACUAUAAAUGUUUAAACCAUCUAAUAA